AUGGGUCCCCUGUGGGCUCAGAAGGAGAGCUGGGGUGUCUCCACCAUGGCCUGGACCCUUCUCCUCGGCCUCCUCGCUCACUGCACAGGGUCCUGGGCGCAGUCCGGGCUGACGCAGGAAGGCUCCAUGUCAGGUUCUGUGGGACAGCAGGUCACCCUCUCCUGCACCGGAAAUGGCAACAAUGUUGGAGCUAAUAUCAUGAACUGGUACCAACAGAUUUCUCACGGGGCCCCCAAAAUGGCGAUGCUUGCAGGUUCUCUGCCCUCAGGAAUCCCAGACCUGUGCUCUGGCUCCACGUCUGUCAACACGGCCUCUCUGACCAUCUCGGGGCUCCAGCCUGAGGACAAGGCUGAUUAUUACUGUUCAACGUGGGAUGACAGCAUCAGUGGUUCCGUCUCCCAGCCUGUGCUGACUCAGCCUCCCUCCCUCUCUGCAUCUCUGGGAGCAUCAGCCAGACUCACCUGCACCCUGAGCAGUGGGUACAUUGUUGGUGGCUACCACAUAUCUGUUUUAGGGGUGGAUUCUCAGACUGUGGUCCAGGAGCCGUCAGUGUCAGUGUCUUCAGGAGGGAUGAUCACUCUCACCUGUGGCCUUAGCUCUGGGUCAGUCACUACUGGUUACUAUCCCAGCUGGUACCAGCAGACCCCAGGCCAGGCUCCCAAAACUGUUAUCUACAACACAAACAGCCGCCCCUCUGGGGUCCCUGGUCGCUUCUCUGGAUCCAUCAUUGGGAACAAAGGCGCCCUCACCAUCACAGGGGCCCAGCCUGAGGACGAGGCUGACUAUUACUGUAGUCUCUACUGGUUCAUGGCCAUGUACCUCCUCCAGUCUCUCCCAGCGACCGAGUCCCCGGGACAGAUGGCCACACUCUCCUGCCCUGGAAACAGCAACAACGUUGGCAGUGAGGGGGGCAGCUUGUGCAGCAACAACCUGGCUGGGUCCCCAAACUCCUGA